GAUGUGGUCACUAUUGGACCGGGUCUAACAUCCAACCUAUAGAAAUCUUUUAAACCAAAGGAAAACCCAAGCCCAGACUCACCUCAUAAGCUCCCUCCCGCCCACGGCGAUUUCCCUCCCAAAAUGGCAGGAGACACAGGAGCUCCUCACCAGAUCUCCCUCUUCCGCUCUCAAAUCACAACCAGAAGAUUCAACGACGAAUCGUUGCGAAUUCUCGAAUCACUUCUGGUCUUCAAAGACGUGAAGUCGCAGAUCGAGACUCGAUCGGACUUGAAACAGUUCUUGAGACUCGAAUCUCUCUCUAUUUUCCACGAAAUCAAAUAUAAAACAGUUUAUCAGAAGCUUUUCAUUCUCCAAUUCUUCGUUCGCGCUUUCGCUCUCAUAGGCGACACCGAGAGUUGUUUGGCGCUGAAAUACGAGGCAUUGCUUUUUCGUGAUGUCAAGUCUAGCAGUGACCAAUCACUACAUGUUUCGUAUUUGGAAUGGCUAAAUUUUGCUCACCAUUCGCUCGAUCAGGGCUUCUAUUCUAUUGCUACACAGGCAAGUGAAAAAGCCCUAGCAUGCUUUCAAAAGAAGGAUGUCGCAGAUGCCAAAACAGGCGACUUCUUCGAAAAUGCGCGCGUUAUUGAAGAUAUAAAGAGGCUUAAGGACCGUGCCAUGAGGUCUGCAGCUUCAGGCUCUGUCCAGGCACAGGCGGCAGAGUAUUUGAAAAGGAAAGUUGUCGAGAAGAGCAGAACAUGUUCUUCAUUUCGUACAGAAACAAAGAGUGCUGCUAGCACUGUGUUUAGAAAUGGAAUCAAGAAGCGGCAUGCGCGUGAAUUGCGCAAACACCAAAGUUUGCAGCAGAACAUUGAAUUUUAACUUUGUUGCCAAUUUUAUUUGCCCUCACCGAAUUCAUUCACAUGACUGGAAAGUUGUAUGAAGUCUCCCCUUGUUAAUUAAAAUCACUUCCCCCCUCAACUGUAACGAUACUGAAGACAAAGAGAACGCUUUGCUAUUCCAUUCAAUCGAAAGAACAUCAAGGUAUGCUCUGAUUAUCUGAUCA